CACUGAACUCAACUUUUUGGAAUCUUUUUUUUUUUUUUUUUUUAAUUUUUAAUUUUCCUCACAUCAUCAAUCGUGUCGCGCCGUCCUCUAAUCCUCACAAUCCCCCCCCUUACCUCCUCAACUCAAUUGGACUCGGUCAAUUCAUUUCAGGUGCUGGCAACUUGUCUGCUCUGUAAUAUUGCGACCCGUCCUUUCCCUUCUUCGCCAACCAUCUUGUUAGUUUGCCCGGCGGACUUUCUUAUUUUAUAGCUAUUUUUCCCUCUUCUUCUUUUCCUUCCGGAGCCGGAGAGCUAUUUUCUUCUACCACCAAAACCACAAUCAUGUUCGGCGCCGUGUUAAGAAGGCAAGGCCUUCUCCGAUCCUCAGCUCUCCGAUCAGGUUUUAUGCCUCUGGCCAGAUACUAUGCCUCGUUUCCCCCGCAUACGCUUGUCAAGAUGCCCGCGCUGUCGCCCACCAUGACAGCUGGUAAUAUCGGUGCUUGGCAAAAGAAGGUCGGAGACACCAUCGCCCCCGGUGAGGUCCUAGUCGAGAUUGAGACGGAUAAGGCUCAAAUGGACUUCGAAUUUCAAGAAGAAGGUGUUAUCGCCAAGAUCCUAAAAGAUGCUGGCGAGAAGGACGUCUCUGUUGGCAAUCCCAUCGCCGUACUCGUCGAAGAAGGCACCGAUGUCUCUGCCUUCCAAUCCUUCACUCUCGCCGAUGCUGGUGGUGAUACCGCACCUCCUGGAUCUGAGGAGAAGAAGUCGGAUGCCCCAUCUGAUUCCAAAUCCGCUCCCGCUCCUACGCCCGCCCCAGAACCGGAACAGUACUCGUCGUCCGAAGGAAAACUCGAAACCGCACUUGACCGAGAGCCCAACAUGACAGCAGCAGCCAAGCGACUGGCUCGGGAGAAGGGUGUCGUAAUUUCUAGCCUCAAGGGUACCGGUCCCGGUGGAAAGAUCACCGAGGAUGAUGUGAAGAACGCCGUCUCGACCUCCGGAUCCUCCGCUGCCUCUGCCGCCUCUUAUGAGGAUACCCCUCUUUCCAACAUGCGCAAGACCAUUGCCAAACGCCUGCAAGAGUCUGUCAAGGAGAACCCCCACUUCUUCGUCACCAGCCAACUCUCCGUUACCAAGCUACUAAAGCUCCGUCAAGCUUUGAACAGCUCUUCUGAGGGCAAGUACAAGCUGUCGGUCAAUGACUUCCUGAUCAAGGCUAUCGCUGCUGCUUCCAAGAAGGUCCCGGCUGCCAACUCGGCAUGGACUGGAGACGCGAUCCGUCAAUUCAACAACGUUGACGUCUCGGUCGCCGUGGCUACCCCUAACGGUCUUAUCACUCCUAUUGUCACUGGCGUCGAGGGUCGCGGUCUAGAAUCCAUCUCUGCCAAGGUUAAGGAGUUAGCCAAGAAGGCUCGUGAGAACAAGCUCAAGCCUGAGGAGUACCAGGGCGGCACUAUCUCCAUCUCCAACAUGGGCAUGAACGCCGCCGUCGACAACUUCACCGCCAUCAUCAACCCCCCUCAAGCUGCUAUCCUGGCUGUCGGUACCACAAAGAAGGUUGCCAUUCCCGGUGGUGAGGAUGGAACUUCGGUCGAGUGGGAUGACCAGAUCACAGUAACGGCAAGCUUCGACCACAAGGUAGUGGACGGAGCAGUCGGUGCUGAAUGGAUCAAGGAGUUCAAGAAGGUUGUGGAGAACCCUCUGGAGUUGCUUCUAUGAAAGGGAAAAGAAUAUUCAACGGGGGGAUGUGGGCGUCAGGGCAUGAUUGGUCUAUAGAUACGGGAUGACAUCCAUUAUGUAGCAUUAUGCCACGUGAACAUGUAAUAAUAAAC